UUCUGGACUUCCGGGUAGCGGCGGAAGUGUAAAGUUGCUGUGUAAUCGCUCGGUCUGGCAGUAGAAAUAGCCCAGCAUACGUGACAAAAGCGUUCGUUUGUAUCAACUUUAAACAUGCCUGAUUAUUUGGGAGAAGAUCAACGGAAAACCAAGGAAGAAGAAAAAGAUGACGCACCCAUUCGAGCUUUGGAUGAAGGCGACAUCGCACUGCUCAAAACAUACGGUCAAAGCACCUACUCCAGACAGAUCAAACAGGUAGAGGAUGACAUUCAGCAGCUUCUCAAGAAGAUCAACGAGCUUACAGGCAUCAAAGAGUCUGACACAGGCUUGGCUCCACCGGCACUUUGGGAUCUGGCUGCUGACAAACAGACUCUGCAGAGUGAGCAGCCUUUACAAGUGGCAAGAUGCACUAAGAUCAUCAACGCAGACUCUGAAGACCCUAAAUAUAUCAUCAAUGUCAAACAGUUUGCUAAGUUUGUGGUGGAUUUGAGUGAUCAGGUGGCUCCAACUGACAUUGAGGAAGGCAUGAGAGUUGGGGUUGACAGGAACAAGUAUCAGAUCCAUAUUCCUUUACCUCCCAAGAUUGACCCCACUGUAACUAUGAUGCAGGUGGAAGAGAAGCCUGAUGUAACCUACAGUGAUGUUGGUGGCUGCAAGGAGCAGAUUGAGAAGCUGAGAGAAGUGGUUGAAACUCCACUGCUCCAUCCUGAAAGGUUUGUCAGCCUGGGCAUCGAGCCUCCUAAAGGUGUGCUUCUGUUCGGGCCACCUGGCACGGGGAAGACCCUGUGUGCCCGAGCCGUGGCCAACAGAACUGAUGCCUGCUUCAUUCGAGUCAUCGGUUCUGAGUUGGUUCAAAAAUAUGUGGGAGAGGGAGCCAGGAUGGUUCGGGAGCUGUUUGAGAUGGCAAGAACCAAAAAAGCUUGCCUGAUCUUUUUUGAUGAGAUUGAUGCCAUUGGAGGUGCUCGUUUUGAUGAUGGGGCUGGGGGGGACAAUGAGGUCCAGAGGACCAUGCUUGAGCUUAUCAACCAGCUGGAUGGUUUCGACCCACGAGGCAACAUCAAAGUGCUCAUGGCCACCAAUAGACCGGACACUUUGGACCCGGCUCUGAUGAGACCUGGGCGCCUGGAUAGGAAGAUCGAGUUCAGCCUUCCUGACCUGGAAGGUCGCACUCAUAUUUUCAAGAUCCACGCCCGCUCCAUGAGUGUGGAAAGAGACAUCCGCUUUGAGCUUCUGGCCCGUCUGUGCCCCAACAGCACUGGUGCUGAGAUCCGCAGUGUGUGCACAGAGGCCGGCAUGUUUGCCAUCAGAGCUCGCAGGAAGAUCGCUACAGAGAAGGACUUCCUGGAGGCUGUAAACAAGGUCAUCAAAUCCUACGCAAAGUUCAGCGCCACCCCCAGAUACAUGACAUACAACUGAGGACUCCUGGUCUACUGCUAAAGAAACAGUCAAUGCUUUUGUUGUCACCGAAAAAUAAAGUUUAUUCCACAUUUAGA